UAUUGCGAUCAUAUGUUAAAAUUGAUGACAAAUUACUAUAACUGAGAAGCUCCGAAUGUUAAUGGUUCUCUCGUGCUUUCAAAAUAAAAUCAAUCUUUAAUAGUUUACAAGGAAAAGCUGAGGUUAUUGUUUCUUCUGGGAUUUAAAUGAUCAGUCUGCAUCUUCUAUGCCUGCUUAGAGUUUGAAUAUGGUGUAUGCUGGUGAUAAUGGUGACCUGGAUGGUCAGUGCAAAUAAUCAAGACUGUUAUUUUUCAGCGUAUAAAUACUCCGUCUGCUGAAAGAGGCAUCGCCUGUUAAACCCUAAAUCUCUCAACCUUGACCGUGAGAAAGGGAAGAUAAGCUUUGCACGAUGAGAAAUGUGAGUACGUUUCUAAUAGCCACCAACACCUCCCUGGCAAGCCCAGCUUCUGUCGGGACCGAGUCGGCUUACAAAUCCACGGAGUACAAGGCCGUCUCGGUACUGUUGGUAUUGACAAUAUGUGGCACUGGAAUCAUUGGCAAUGUGAUGGUGGUGCUGGUGGUCUUGACCGCCAGACACAUGAGAACCCCAACCAACUAUUACCUGCUCAGCCUCGCUGUCGCUGAUCUCAUGGUCCUUGUCGCUGCUGGAUUACCGAAUAUCUCUGACAGUCUGAUAGAGCAGUGGAUCUAUGGGCAUGUGGGCUGCCUGGGUAUUACCUACCUCCAAUACUUGGGCAUCAAUGCAUCGUCCUGCUCCAUCACAGCGUUCACUGUGGAAAGAUACAUCGCGAUCUGCCACCCAAUGAAAGCACAGUCCAUAUGCACUGUCUCCAGAGCCAAGAAAAUCAUAGCAUUCCUUUGGUUCAUUACCUCCUUCUACUGCAUGCUGUGGUUCUUCUUGGUGGAUCUCAACAUCGACAGCAGGCAGAAUGUUGCGUGUGGCUACAAAGUCUCCAGGAAUCUCUACUUGCCCAUCUACUUCAUUGAUUUUGCCAUCUUCUAUGUGAUCCCUUUGAUCGUGGCCACGGUGCUGUAUGGUCUGAUCGGACGAGUGCUUUUCCUCAGUCCCAUGCCCAAGCAGGUUAAUACAGGACCUGAGCAAUGGAGGCCGCGCCACGCACCAGUGCGAGUCGGUUCCCACUCUGCCAGCUGGACAAGUAAAGGAUCCAUUUCAUGCAGAAAACAGGUAAUGCAGUCAUGGAGAGCCAUAGAGCGAUACAGCGUCACUAAGAUGCUUGCUGUGAUUGUGAUUCUAUUUGCCUUACUCUGGAUGCCGUACAGAACAAUAGUCGUGGUCAACUCCUUCAUGGACAAGCAAUAUGAGAAUAUUUGGUUCCUUCUACUCUGCAGACUAUGCAUCUACACCAACAGUGCUAUCAACCCUGUCAUUUACAAUCUAAUGUCUCAGAAAUUCAGAUCUGCUUUCAAAAAACUGUGCAACUGCAGUCAAGAUGACACUCGGCACCGACUGCUGUACACAACCCCACUUAAUUACAGUUCAGUGAAAGAUGCCAUCAAAGGGAAACCUGAAGUUAAUGGCAAGCAACACAGUGUAAAGAAGAACGAUCAGGAGAAAGACAACAACAUAAAAAUGGAGGAUGUGACACUUGCAGCACCAGACCAAACGUACUCUAGUGUUGUUUAAAAUGAGACCUGCAUUUAAAAUACUGUGAAUCAAGGUUAGUGUAGAGGAAGUUUACAUUGGAUUCACAACAUAUAGAC